CGCCAUCUUGGCAUUUACAUUUUCUUGAAAAGAACAUCAUGGCUUCAAGUCCUGUCAGAGAUAGUGAAGAUGAUGACUAUAUGAGAAAACUAGAGACCAUUAGAGAUAUAAGGGUGAAGACAUCCCAGUUGGAAAAACUAAAAUCUCAGCUUAUUCAUGAGUUAGAUGUAGCAGAGAAGGAGAGUAAACUACUCAAGGACUAUAAGGGAGAAAUGGAAGCUCUCCUACAUGAGAAAAUGGCGCAUGUAGAGGAACUUAGACUUAUCCAUGCUGACAUCAAUUUGAUGGAAAAUACCAUCAAGCAGUCUGAAGCUGAAAGGGAAAGAGGGCUUGACACUCUGAGAAGACUACAUGAUGAAUACAAACCCCUUAAGAGAGAGGUUGACAAAAUGAGGGGUUCUUUGGGUCUUGACAAAAUAGCUAACCUGGAUGAAGAAAACAGCCUCGCAGAGUUUCUCGAGCGUGCCCCUCCUGGUUGGAAGCCAGAACCACAGGAACCUCCUCCUCCCCCUGUGGCAUCCCAGCUAGCUGCCGCAGCAGCAGCUGCCCAGCAGCUCGUCAACAAGCGGGGUCCUCCAGGAGAAAGACACUUCCGCCAGCAGCAGCCACCCCCAAUGAAGGCGUGCCUGUCUUGCCAUCAACAGAUUCACAGGAAUGCGCCCAUCUGCCCGCUAUGUAAAGCAAAGAGUCGUUCUCGACAUCCGAAGAAAACUAAAAGGAAACACGAAGAUUAAGAGAGUGGUGCUGACGGAUGACACGGUCUAAAGAGUGACUUUCAAUGUAGCCUUGGAACCGGAAGUGAACCUGGAACAAGUAUGAUAUGUUUAGUUCGAAACGCUUUGAUCGGUUAGAAUCGCCAUUGAUAAGGAUUCUCGGUUUCUCAAGUUCUUAUUUUAGCUAUAAUCAAGACUUAACGCCGUGAUUUCGACUCUUGCUCGAGUUUCCGCGUUUUUCUUUUUCUUCCCUUUAAGGUAUGUGUUUGUUUGGGUGGCUUGGUAAAUGAACGCAGCUGAUUUUUUUUCUCUCGAAAACGCGCUUUGCUAAAGCUUUUCAUAGUGCAAUUUGAUUGAAUGUCGUGAAAAGAUUUUGUUUUAGAUUAGUCUCCAGGGUAUCCGAUCAGCCCGCCAUUAUAUCAAACUCACCACUACCAAACUUGCCACCACUGAUCAGACGUUGUGUUUAGCUUCCUGAGUUUACCGUAAACCGUCUUCGGUGACUACUAGAGCUUCAGCAUUUUUUCCUUUCAAUUUUCUGGAUUCCUUUUUUCAAAGACACCAAGAAAUCGCCUGGCAUGCACUUUGCGCGUUAGUUCUGCGGUAACUAACCUCGCCCGUGAUGAUUAGCGCAAGAUAGCACACAGUAUCCAACCAAUCGUAGCGAGCGCAUUUCUUUAAUAACUUAACCAAUUAGAGAGAUGUAGCAUACAUAGACCAAAAAUCAUAUUUAACGUGGUAAAUCUAUCUUAGACUGCAUGGACACAAAGUCAUAAUAUAUACAAACUGUAUUUAUUGAAUUCGAAGUAUAGAUCCAACAUAUAUUAAUUAAACAUGUACUGUUAUUUAAGUUGAUGUAAUCAUAAUUCUUAAU